GGAUCACUAAUAGGCAUAAGGAUGAGAAUCCCAAGGAAGACAUUACCUCUGGUUCGGAAGAAGAAACUCUGCCGGACGAUUGUGCGAUCUGCGAGAAGCAGGUAACAAAGAAUCAGUAUGGCAUCGCUUGUGAUUAUUGUGACAGCUGGUUUCACAACGGCUGCGUAAAAGUCAUGCCAUCAAUUGCAUAAAUGUGGAUGCUUAAGGUUUGGAACAGGAAAGCAUCUGUACCAGCAAAGAAUAUUUAUCUCCAAUACUGUCUCUCAAGAUGCCACAACUAUUCUAUAGCAAAUGGGAGUUAUUAUUACCACUGUGGCUCGAAUAUUUUACAUGAAAACAAAAUCCCUCGAGCAACAUUGCCAUGGGGAUUUCAAAAGUUUCAUAUCCCUCUGCUUAGAGUUGAUGCUGUUGCACAGAAGUCUUAUAAUGGCAUUCACAGGUACCAAUGUGCUUCAUAUUCCGCGUGUAUUAAUGGAAUUUUGAAUCAGAGCACAAAUUUUAGUAAUAGCCAUGUGAGUAAGAUCCCAUCUGUAAGCAUCCAUUCAAGUGUGUGUCGAAGAGAUAUUCCUGACUACUUAAAAGGAAUUAUCAGUGAAGUGGCAAGUGCAGAAGAUGAUCUUUUAAAUGAAAAUUUUGAAGAUGAAGUGGAAAAUGAUAUGGAAGACGAAAUUUUGGAGUUUUUGAAUUCUCACCUUUUGCUAUAUGAGGAAACUGAAUCUAGUUUUAUGUUACCAUGCCUUCUGUGUUCAGCUGAUGACCAGACAACUCGUUCUCAGGAAAUCAUCAUUGAUAAAAACUCAGGUUAUUUUGUUUGCCCCUGGUGCUGCCAGGCAGGACCAUGGGAAGAACUCAGACAUAAACUCGAUAAACGAGAAGAUACUAUUACCGCCCAUCAGUUAUCUACAUACCUUGAGUCUUGCUCUCCAAUUUCAGAAGUUGACUUUGAGCUGUUACAAAGAUCUCCAUUUCAGGCUGUGAGUUUGACCACUUUGGAAAAAUUUGGAGCAAGAUUAACUAGAGACGGAGCAAGAGUAGUUUUCCCCCUAAAGACAGAUAGUAAUAAAAUUGUAGGGUUUGAAAGUGUAUCACUUUUGCAUCCUGUUCCAAAGGUUGUACGUCGAUAUGUCGCUGGAGAAGCAAAACCAUUGUUCUUCAUGGACCAACACAAAAGUGCUCAAAGACUAGUUGUUGUUCCAAGUUGUUGUGAUGUACUGGCAUUAGCUGAGUACAAGAUUUCUGCUGUAUCCAUCCCUUAUAGUGAUAUGAGUACACUUUGUGACUUGUUAGCUACUUGCAAAGAAGUAAUUCUCUGGUUAGGCAUCGGCCCCCCUCCUCGACAGCUACUUCACUUCCUGAUUAGCUUACAGAUUCCAAGUUGGAUUGUCAGAUGUGAAGAGAAAGAUCUUCCAGUGCAUGUAAAAUCACAGAAAGAAGUGCAGGCUGCUUUGAAGAAUGUUGUACCUGUGUUGUCGGAAGCUACUACAACUUUCAUUGAACUAAAAGAUAAAAUUUAUUACAGACUAACUAAUAAAGAAGAGACAUCUGGUGUGCAAUGGAAAAGAUUUUCAGAACUAAAUUCUAUCUUGUUGGGACAUCGACUUGGAGAAAUGACAGUAUUGACUGGACCAACUGGCUCUGGCAAAACAACACUUAUGGCAGAAUAUUCUUUAGAUCUCUGCUCUCAGGGGGUUGUGACUUUAUGGGGCAGCUUUGAAGUUAGUGUGAUUCGUCUCUGUGAAAUUAUGCUUCAGCAGUACUCAGGAAUGUCUUUGCCAGUUGAUUUAGUUGAAUUUAAUGCAAUAGCUUCCAAGUUCUCAAAUCUCCCUCUUCAUUUCUUAACAUACCAUGGUCAACAAACAACUACAUCUGUGUUGAAGGCCAUGACAGAAGCUGUACAAGUAUGGGGAGUUCAGCAUGUCAUCAUUGAUAAUUUGCAGUUCAUGCUUGGUACUGCAGAACGAUCUAUAGACAGAUGGUGGGAACAAGAUAAAGCUGUGGCAGCCUUCCGAAGAUUUGCUACUGCAAAUAAUUGUCAUGUUACUCUUAUUGUGCAUCCUAAAAAGGUACCUGAAGGUCAGUUACUCAGCAUAGAUAGUAUUUUUGGGGGGGCUAAAGUGGCACAAGAAGCAGACAACAUUCUCAUUUUACAGGUCAAAGAAACUGGCACUGUAAAUCAAAGUAAAAAGGCACUUCAGGUGGUGAAAAAUCGUUAUGGAGGCUACUUGGGUGUUUUACCAUUGAAGUUCCAUAGGGAAUCUCUAACUUUGUCAUCUCACUUCACUCCCAAGGGUCGAAGUAAUGAUAAAUCUAACCAGAACAAAAGAAAAGCUGGGUCAGCUAAAAGAGUUAAAGGGAUAAAUGCUUUUAUGCAAUAAUGUGUGCAAGUAAGCCAACCAUUAAGUGUUUAUCCAGCAUUAGGUUUGGUUUGUUAUUCCAUGUGAUUUUGUCUACAAAGAAUGUAACAUGUGAAACCAGUUGCUAUAUUUUCUAGUCCCCAUUUCUUGUUUUGCCGUCCAACUUUUCUAUAAAUUAUAGAUCCUUGUACUUGAUUUCCUUUAUUUUCUGGAUCUCACUCUAUCUUGCUGUCAAAACACUCCAACUCUGUCAUUGUUUUUAGUGUGGCCAAACAUGCUCCAGAGCUUAGCAUGGCAGCCUAAACCUCACAAAUGUAUUUCAUGGUUUGUAACCGUUUUCCUCUCAUGCACUGAUCAUUGGCAUUCCCUCCAUGGGUGCAUAACUUUUUGUUUUCUUCAAGAAAAGGAUUAUCUCAUUUGCAGGAUCACAGUGGAUUCAGUAUACCCUUGAGACCUGAGAUGGAAUACUGAACAGUGGUUGGCUGAUCAAGAGUAAAAAUGCAUUCUUGUCAGUAUUCAAGAUGAAAAUAUUGGGUUUUCAGUGAAUUUGGAAUUGUUCUAAUUUAUAUCAUGUAUACUAUACAUAAUGUAAAUGUUAGUGCAAACAUACAUAAUACUGUAUGUAUGUAGUAUUUAGAUUUAAUGUACAUAAUAGUUAAAUAAGCAUGUUUGAGGCUUUUGUAAAUUACUUUGUACAUUUUUAAUAAACUGGAAAAACUA